AUUGACGUAAGUUGCUAUCUACGUGGAGACACAAGCUUGAAAACAAGAACACGUGGCUGGUGAAAGCCUAAUACCUAAUAGGAAGAAACAUAACAGUUAUGAAGCGAUGUUGUCAAAUAAGUAAUUGAUUUUGAAUAGCUGGCUCCGACUUUGAAAUUAGUAAAAAAUAAAUUUUUAUGAUUGUUUUGAACAAGUAGUUGCAUGUCUUUAAGUAUAGUUCUCAAUAUACCAUUUUAUUUUGUACGUAAACGUCAUAUUAGUAUACGAAUAUCUUGUAAAAUUGCGAUAAACCUGAAAACUGGCUACAUGUGACAACGUUGUAAUGAACUUUCCUGUUUUCGUGUACAUUCACGUGUCAUCUCUCUGUCAUUCGGCGUUUCACUUUUCACUUUCACAUCUUGCCUUGCAACAAAGUUGGAACUUCGAUAUCAUUUGGCAGUUUUUUGAGUGAAAUAGUGAAUUAAACUUGUAGUGAAACAAGAUAUAAUGGCCAAACAACAAAACAAAGGUUUCACCAAAGAAGAAGAACUGCUGCUUCAAGACUUCAGUAGAAACGUAUCCACCAAAUCUUCUGCCCUAUUUUACGGUAAUGCUUUAAUCGUGUCUGCAGUGCCAAUAUGGUUAUUCUGGAGGAUCCAUAUGAUCGACAUCUAUGCCUCCAUAGUGCUUUUUGUCGUUGUAACUGCAAUUUCCACCUACCUGCUUGCUAUGGCCUAUAGAAACACAAAAUUCACUUUGAAGCACAAGAUCGCCGUUAAGCGAGAGGAAGCUGUUACCAGAGACCUGACCAAGAAGCUCGCUGACGACAAGAAAAUGAGCAAGAAAGAGAAGGACGAAAGAAUCCUGUGGAAGAAAAAUGAAGUUGCUGAUUUUGAAGCUACUACCUUUUCAAUCUUCUACAACAACGCCCUAUUCUUAGCUAUUGUGAUAUUGGCUAGUUUCUACCUGCUAAAGUCCUUCACACCUGCUGUGAACUAUGCUCUGUCCAUUGGAACAACAGCAAGCCUUCUAGCCCUACUAUCGACUGGUUCUCAGUAGAAUAUUUAAUAUUUAUUUUGUUACUUGUUCACUUUUCAUGUCUCAUGAAUUAAAUCAUAUGAAUCGUUUCUAUCGUUUCAUGCAACUUAUAGUUUAAAUAAACGUUUUUUAAUUCUGUA